AUUUUGCAACAACUUGUCUGAAAUAAUUUCUAAUUGUCAAUUCUUUUCUUUUCUCUCUUCUUAUUUAUCAUCUAGUAGCAGGUUGAUUUCAAAAAGGAAAAAAGAAAAAUUUUCUGUAAAAGCUAUCUUGCUUUUGGGAAAAUUUUUUUUGUAAGAUAUAGCUUCUAUAAUCACACUUUCUUUUCUAAACACCUUGGUCAUGGGAAUUACAAAUGAUUCUAGGACUGAAUUGUCUCCUGACUCUAUCACUGAGAGAUCAGAAGCUGAUAAGAUAGUUGAUGGAAUGGAUUUUGGUGAGCUUUGCAAUGAGUUUGAGUGCAUCAGUAGCCCACUGGUAGAAUCAACAGCAAGACAACUCGUAAGGGAUAUCCUAGAGCUUCGAGAAGGGAAUCGUGCUCUUGGAACGUAUGCAGUUUCUGUCAAGUACAAGGAUCCAGUAAGAAGUUUUACUGGUCGUGAGAAGUACAAGCGACCACUCUGGGUUACUGGAGCUCUAGAGAAGCCUUUUGUGGCAGUGCAGGAAAUGGUGAUGUUGUCAACCAGUGUCCUUAGCAUCAAGUGGACAAUAAAGGGAAGGCCAAAAUCUUUUAUUGCUAGCAUAGGAGGAGAUCUAAUAAUAAGAGUCAAUUCAAAGUUCACUCUAAACCAGAUUAGUGGCCAGGUGAUUGAGCAUGAAGAGUUCUGGGAUUUAUCAGCCUCAUCAAUCAUUGCUCAGGCAUAUUUCUGGACAUCACGCCGUCUUUUUGCUACAAUUGAGUCAGGGAAGGACUUGGCUGAUGUAGCAAAGAACUUGACAACCCGUGUCUCAACCGAAAAUGAGAACUUAGAAACUUAUCCAGAUCCUUCUGGCGAUCCAACAAAGUUCUUUCAAAGGGACGACAGCUUCCAAAGAGACGCAUACCAAAUUGCACUUCUUCUAGCAGUCCUUUAUUUUAUUGUACAGUUCCUACGAACAACCUUGUAAGAACCAUCUUUCCAUUGUCUGUUAUUGAACAUGAAAUCAUUAUAAUUACUUACAGGUUUUGUUUUUAGUUAUACUGAACAAUUAUAGUACAUCUAAUGUAUAUAUCUGUGCUUUGUUUUCAACUUAGAAUAGGAAUUAAAUUAUAUUUCACUUA